AUGAACGAAGCCGAUAGAGAGAUGGAGCGCAAUGAGCGCGAUGCGUCCCCAGAGCGUUUUAUCAAUACACCUCCCGGCCGUCUUAGCCAUGAAGUCCAACGCAUCCCCACCGCCUCCACAACAUCCUCCUCCGCCUCGGAAAGCUCAGCCGUACGCCGAGAAGCUGGUUUAUCACGCAUCGCGACUCAGCGAGAUUUAGAAAGACACCCGACAGUCUUGAGUCGGAUACAGACGGCAAAGAGUCAGCACACAGGAACCGUAGGAAGAGAGGCCACGGCUAAGAGCAGAGACAGCAAGAAACCAUUACCAGGGAUGGGGGUGGGGAAGCCAUAUCCACCCCCUCUCCCCGAUCGUGACGAAUAUGUGGUAGAGUUCGAGGGGCCCGAUGAUCCAAUGCACGCUCAGAAUUGGCCUACAAAGAAAAAGUACGUCGAUCAGUGUGCGCCGUGCGCCGCGCCUACCGAUAGAGUUCAACCAAUGCUAAUGCCAUAUGUUAGGGUUCUUACCGCCAUCAUGCUUGGUUAUACCACACUGGUGUCAGCCUUCACUUCGAGUAUUUUCUCAACGGCAACGAGGACAGUUGCUGAACAAUAUCAUGUUUCCACUGAGGUUGGCAUUUUGGGCCUCUCGUUCUACGUGCUCGGAUUCGCUUUUGGACCAAUCUUUUGGGCUCCUCUCAGUGAGCUGAGAGGAAGAAGGUUGCCUUUGGUUAUAUCUAUGUUUGGAUUUUCUAUAUUCCAAAUCGCCGUAGCAGCUGCGAAAGAUUUACAGACAAUUCUCCUCUGCAGAUUUUGGGGAGGUAUGUUCGGAGCAGCUCCUCUGGCUGUUGUCGCUGCCGUCUUUUCCGAUAUGUUCGACAACAAGACUCGUGGGCUUGCAAUUACCGUCUUCUCCAUGACAGUCUUUACCGGACCCCUCCUAGCACCCUUUAUCGGAGGCUUCAUCGUGGAAUCUUACCUAGGAUGGCGCUGGACAGAGUGGCUUACUGCAAUCAUGGGAUUUGUUGCAUUUUUUCUCAACCUCUUCUUCCUUGAAGAAACCUACCCACCCGUCAUUCUCAUCACCAAAGCCUCCGAGAUUCGCCGUAGAACUCGCAACUGGGGUAUCCACGCCAAGCAAGAAGAGAUCGAAAUCGAUUUCCGCGAUCUUAUUACCAAGAAUUUCACCCGACCACUGCGUCUGCUCGUCACAGAACCUAUUGUUCUACUGCUUUCGAUUUACAUGUCUUUCAUUUAUGGACUGCUCUACCUCUUCCUAACAGCCUACCCUAUCGUCUUCCAGAAAAUCCAUGGUUUCACUCCUGGAAUUGGAGGUCUCCCGUACUUCGGCAUGAUCAUUGGCAUGAUCUCAGCUGGUAUCUAUAUUGUCCUCCUCACACCACAAUACAACAGGAAGUUAGCAGCAAAUAAUGACGUACCAAUUCCCGAGUGGCGUCUGAUGCCAGUCGUUAUCGGAGGCAUUUCUUUCGCUGGAGGUCUGUUCUGGUUUGGAUGGUCAGGGUACCGUAAAGAUAUACACUGGAUCGUUCCCACGCUGUCCGGUCUGCUUACCGGCUUUGGGCUCCUCUCUAUUUUCCUGCAAUCUCUCAACUACCUUGUCGAUGCCUAUCUCAUGUUUGCCGCGUCAGCGAUUGCCGCCAACACAUUCCUGCGUUCGCUUGCAGGUGCAGGAUUCCCAAUGUUCAGUCAGUACAUGUUCAAUUCCUUGCACGUCAAUUGGGCAGGCACUCUGCUUGGAUGUGUAGCUUUGGCCUUGGUCCCUAUUCCAAUAUGCUUCAUUAUCUAUGGUGAAAGGAUUCGGCGAAGGAGUGCGUUCGCUCCUACUAAGCCAGCGGUGGCGCCGAGCGAGGAAUCUGAAGGUGGAGCUGCUAUUCCAACAACAGAGAAGACGGGAGAGGAUAAUGUUUGA